CAGAAAAGAGCUCUUUGAAAGAAGACCUGCUACUGUGCCGUCUUUGUGUUGACAUCUGCGGGGGAUUGAGAGUGUUUGAAUGGAUAUUACCAGGUGCACGGAGAAAUGGGUAAAACAAGACAAGGUUACUGUACCUUGGAGCCCUCAUUUCAUAAAACCAUGACAUUCAUGCACAGUUAACAUUCUUUAAAUCAUCCAAUGAUGGUUUUGGAUGAUAUGUUCCCCUAAGCCGGGCAGCAAGUGUGUAGCUGAUUAGGGGUUUUCUUUAAUGCGUUUUAUGUUUUAAUUUGUCACCAUCAAGUGUGUAAAUUACCAAUUUGGCAUGGGCUUGUAGUGUUUACAGAUUAGACAAGAAAUGAGUACACCCCUGUGCAAAAUCACUUAAAUAUCAAAUGUUUUCAAAUUGCAUCAAUGCUUAAUAAUUGCCUCAUUGCUAUGAUGGACAUUAAAGCAUUUCCUCUCAAGGACAUGAUCAAAUAUAGCAUGCAAAGUGGAAAUUCAGUGCAACUAAAGUGAAUACAGCUGUGAUCACUGAUGCACAAGUUUGACAAACCUGUAAUCGAUGAGACAAAGUUGAGUACAGCUGUGUUAUCCAAUUAGCUUAACUGCAUUAACAUGGUUAUAAAAUGACCAGUGAACACUAGAAACCUUGUAAAUUUUGGACCAAUGGGCUGCUUCGGUCUGCAUGUCUGCAUCAUGGCUCAGCAUGGAAAAGAAUUGCCAGAGGGGUUUAAAAAUCUGAUUGUGAGACUGCAUAAGGAGGGCAAAGGAUACAAAAGGAUCACUGUCCAAGUAAAAUCAGUCGAAACACAGCUGCAGCAGUAAUCAGGAGGUACAGAAUGAGCCAUAGUACCACACAGAGCUCCAGAGGUCAUCCUGCUAAAAUGAUAAAACUGGACAUCAUUUUAGCAUGUGUUGAUUCAUAUUAGCUGUUCAUUCUUUGGUCAGAUGAGACCCAAAAUACAUUUGUUCAGCUCAGUAGUGGUACAGCAUGUUUAGCCAGGACUACCACUGUGAAUGCGUAGUCCCAAGACUGAAGCACAGAGGUGAGAGUGUCACGAUAUGGGGCUGCAUGGGUGCAAAAAGUGCUACGUUUAUAUAUGGGACCAUGAAUAGGUGUGGAUGAAUCCAAUUGCAAGAUGACUUCCAACCUGCAAAAGCUUUGUAAAAUAGGAAUAUCCCAGCAUGACAUCUAUUCAGGAUACACUGCUAAAAUCACACAAGAUUCUACAGAACAAAAAAGGGUGGAAACUGACCUGGCCAAAUAUGUUGCCUGACUUAAAUCCAAUAGAAGUACAGUUUUGAAUCAUUUGACAUUUAUGAUGUUGCACAGGGAUGUACUCAUUUCUGUUGUAUGCUGUAGAUGUUAACUAUGACAUUCAAAUAAAUUGGUUGAAAAAUAAAUACGUUGUGAAUAGGGAAUGCAACAACAUGCUGUACAAAAACACACAUUAGAUAUUUGUUUCUUUUCCAGCACUCAACCCACACAUCAUCAUUUUCAUCUAAUGAGUUGUAAUUUUAUCAUUGGUUAUGCGAUUUGGAACAUUGAAAUUUCAACCAUUUCACUGAGCAAUGAUUGUACCCUCAGAUGUUGUGUGCUUCAUCAUUAAUAAUUCCUGUUGCCUGUUUGUUCAGGAGAGGCCUCCGACAUCCUCUAUAAUGCUGUCUAGCAAGAAGUCCGAUGCUGGGUCCUCCUCCUCCUCCUCUUCAUCAACUGUUGGAGCAGUAGGAGGUGAUAGGGCCCCGGUUUCUGAUGCCCAGACUGGUCCCUCAGCCUCGGCUGCCGGACCUAUGGAUUCAAAGAAGAAGGAGAGGUCAUCCCCUAGUGGGGAACCUGGAGGAGCCCCUUUGCCCCACCAGUCAGGCCCUGGGGGGGCAGAUGCGGACUCAGCUGAAGUCCGCAGGACUAGUCGACGCAAGCGAGCAAAAGUGGAGUACCGCGAGAUGGACGAAAGCCUGGCCAAUCUAUCGGAGGACGAGUACUACUCUGAGGAGGAGAGGAACGCCAAGGCAGAGAAAGAACGGAAGCAGGUCAUCCCUCCUCCAGCGCCACCACCAGAGGAGGAGAAUGACAGUGAACCCGAGGAACCAUCCGGUGUGGAAGGAGCUGCUUUCCAGAGCCGUCUUCCUCAUGACCGUAUGACUUCCCAGGAGGCCGCCUGCUUCCCUGACGUCAUCAGUGGUCCUCAGCAGACUCAGAAGGUCUUCCUGUACAUCCGUAACCGCACGCUCCAACUGUGGCUGGACAACCCUAAAAUCCAGUUGACCUUUGAGGCCACAGCACAGCAGCUUGAAGCUCCAUACAACAGUGAUGCGGUGCUGGUCCACAGGAUACACAGCUACUUAGAAAGACAUGGCCUCAUCAACUUUGGCAUUUACAAAAGGGUCAAGCCUUUACCCACUAAGAAGACCGGGAAGGUUAUAGUCAUUGGUGGAGGCGUUUCAGGCCUCGCUGCAGCCAGACAGCUGCAGAGCUUUGGGAUGGAUGUUACAGUCCUGGAGGCCAGGGACCGUGUUGGAGGCAGAGUGGCCACAUUUAGGAAGGGGAACUAUGUCGCAGAUCUGGGAGCCAUGGUGGUGACGGGGCUGGGAGGAAAUCCAAUGGCGGUGAUCAGUAAGCAGGUUAACAUGGAGCUGGCCAAGAUCAAACAGAAGUGUCCGCUGUAUGAAGCCAACGGCCAGGCCGGUGAACGGUGCACAAGUGUACCAAAGGAAAAAGACGAGAUGGUGGAACAAGAGUUCAACCGACUGCUGGAGGCCACCUCUUACCUCAGCCACCAGCUGGACUUCAACUUUCUCAACAACAAACCUGUUUCUCUCGGACAGGCCCUGGAGGUGGUCAUACAGCUGCAGGAGAAGCACGUAAAAGAUGAGCAGAUAGAACACUGGAAGAAGAUUGUGAAGACUCAGGAAGAUCUCAGGGAUCUUCUCAACAAGAUGGUGAGCACUAAGGAACGUGUUAAGGAACUCCACCAGCAGUACAAAGAAGCGAGUGAAGUCAAGCCACCCAGAGAUAUCACGGCUGAGUUCCUGGUGAAGAGCAAACACCGCGACCUCACGGCUCUCUGUAAAGAGUAUGAUGAGUUGGUGGAGAUGCAGGUCAAGCUUGAAGAAAAACUCCAGGAGCUGGAGGCCAAUCCACCCAGUGAUGUUUACCUGUCAUCGCGGGAUCGGCAGAUCCUAGACUGGCACUUUGCCAACUUGGAGUUUGCCAACGCUACGCCCCUCUCCACCCUUUCUCUCAAGCACUGGGAUCAGGAUGACGACUUUGAGUUCACUGGCAGCCACCUAACAGUAAGGAAUGGUUACUCAUGCGUUCCUGUGGCCCUGGCUGAGGGUUUGGACAUCAAACUAAACACAGCAGUGCGGCAGGUCCGAUAUACCGCAUCUGGCUGUGAGGUGAUAGCUGUCAACACUCGCUCCACGACCCAGACCUUCAUUUACAAGUGUGACGCCGUGCUGUGCACUCUGCCCCUCGGUGUGUUGAAGCAGCAGCCCCCUGCGGUCCAGUUUGUCCCCCCGCUGCCAGAGUGGAAGACAUCAGCUAUACAGAGGAUGGGCUUUGGCAACCUCAACAAGGUGGUGCUGUGUUUUGACCGUGUGUUCUGGGAUCCAAGCGUGAACCUGUUUGGUCAUGUCGGCUCCACCACCGCAAGCCGGGGCGAACUCUUUCUUUUCUGGAACCUCUACAAAGCCCCGAUCCUACUUGCUCUAAUGGCUGGUGAGGCCGCCGGCAUCAUGGAGAACAUCAGUGAUGAUGUUAUUGUGGGACGCUGCCUGGCCAUUCUCAAAGGAAUAUUUGGAAGCAGUGCCGUACCACAGCCAAAGGAAACUGUGGUCACUCGCUGGCGUGCCGACCCCUGGGCGAGGGGCUCCUACUCGUACGUAGCGGCAGGUUCUUCGGGCAACGACUAUGACCUUAUGGCACAGCCCAUCAUACCUGGACCAGCUAUACCAGGAGCCUCACAGCCCGUCCCUCGGCUCUUCUUCGCCGGUGAGCACACUAUCAGAAAUUACCCCGCAACGGUUCACGGGGCCUUGCUCAGCGGUCUUCGCGAGGCCGGGCGCAUCGCAGAUCAGUUCCUGGGUGCCUUGUACUCGCUCCCCAGACAAGCCACCCCGACGGCCACCACCAACCCUCAGCAGGCUCAGCCCACCGCCAGUGUCUGAAGUGGCCUCUCUCAGUUUGUGCCAACUCAGGACUGGCUGACCAACUACGGUAGUCUGUGAAAAAACAUAAACUGAUGUCUGUGAGUGGAAGUCCCAGAAACGACUUUGCGUUUUUGCCUUCAGAUUGAAAUGAUGAAACUCGCGAGUUGAUUUUUCUGGCUGCACGUAAUGUGGAAUUGAAAACCUUUCAUUGGAGCAUUUCAUUUCUUCAGACUUGUGUUCCCAGCCAAGCUGAGAGUACCUGUACAGUAUGCCUGCAUUAAACUAACAGAGACGGACUACAAAUACUGAGAUGUCGUCAAACUAAGUAAUAAAUCCUGAUUUUAUUACAUAUUAAUUGAAUAACCCAUCUCAAACAUUCGAAAUGUGCAGCUUCUCCGUCUUCAAAAACAAAAGUAUAGGAUUACUUUUGGUACUUCAAGUGAAUUUAAUGUAUUUGACCUGAUGUGGAGUUUAUCAGAACCAAAUGUUUAUUUAUGUGGCCCUUUGUGAACAUAAAGGAAUGGCUGAAAACCUCUUUAUGUAACGCACACAAAACCUAAUAUCCAGAUAUUAUCCAUGGUAGAUGACCAACUCAGUAGCACAGUCUGUUUUACUUUUUAAGGGAAAAGCAGCUGUUACUCCAGAGGUCUUGUUUUGGUUGUCUUAAGCAUUGAUAAACACUGUAGCUGUAUGUCUCUUAAAUUGAAUUUCUGUCUUUUAGGUUGCUGAGUGUAGUGAAAAAAAAUUUUUAAGCUCAAAAGACAGAUAUGUAGAAAGAUUUGUGAAUGUUUUCUGUUGCCAUAGCAGCUUAAGUCAUUUAUUAUGGUUGUCAACACUUUUUUUUUUAUAUAUAUUGCCAAAUGUUUUGUUAUUAAAAGAAGACAGAAAAUUG